AUGACUUCAAGUUCUUCUCCUGGCGCUAAUGGCAGCAGCUAUGACGUUUUUCUAAGCUUUAGAGGCGAAGAUACUCGUUAUUCUUUUACCGAUCAUCUUUACAAAACAUUAAAACGAUCAGGAAUUGAUGUUUUUAGGGAUAACGACGAUAUCAACAGGGGUGAAGAACUGAAGCCGGAGAUCCAGAGAGCAAUCAAAGAAUCUAGGGCUUCAAUAGUUGUGUUGUCAGAGAACUAUGCAACUUCCUCUUGGUGCCUGGACGAGCUUAUGUUGAUCCUCCAACAAAAAAGGGAGCACAAUCAUUUCGUUCUACCUGUUUUUUAUCACGUUGAUCCUUCUGAUGUGAGGAAACAAAAUAAAACUUUUGCAAUUGAAGUCAAAGCCUCUUCAAAGUGGACAGAUCACAACGUGGACCUGUGGAAGAAAGCUCUUAAGGAGGUAGCUGAUUUGGCCGGCAUGGUUCUAUCCGGGAAUGCCAUUGCUUCUCUUCUUGUAAUUCAAUCAUUACUUAAAUACAAUUCAACUGAUGCGACUUUAUCUGAAACAGACUUUAUCGCAAACGUGGUUGAUGCAAUUGAUUGUCAACUAGAUAUGAAACUAGUAAGUACUCCAGCUCAUCUAAUUGGAAUGGACACUCGAGCUAUAGGUAUCGAUUCUUGGUUGAAAAAUGAGCAAUCUGGUCCUAAUGUUUUAGCAAUUUGUGGCAUGGGAGGCAUCGGCAAAACGACACUGGCCCAAUUCAUUUAUAACUCAAACAAGCAAGAUUUUGAAAGCAGCACUUACCUUGAAGAGAUUGGAAAGCACUCCAAACAGCCUUUCGGUUUGCUUGGGCUACAAAAACAACUUCUCACAGACAUUUUAGGCGGAAGUAAUGCCAGGAUAUCUAGUGUUUCUGAGGGUACAAGGAAGGUUGAGGAGGCCUUACAAGUGAAAAGGGUGCUUAUUGUUCUUGAUGACAUUGAUGGACAUGAGGAAUUAGGUGCUUUACUUGGAACAAAUGCGUUCCAUACAAAAAGUAAGAUCAUAAUAACUACGAGACUUCUAGACAUAAAUGCAUGGUUUGGGUCCAUAUCUUGGAGGUGCCAGGUUGAAAAACUUGAAUUGUUGAAUGAUCAUGAAUCAUUAGAGCUUUUAAGUUGCCAUGCAUUUGGAUCUAAAAUUCCCAUGGAAGGUUUCAAGGAGCUCGCAGUUGAAUUAACGAAGUAUUGUGGUGGAAACCCACUAGCUCUUAAAGUACUGGGCUCUUCUCUAUUUGUUGAUUCUGAGGACCCAAGGAAACAAAGUAACAUAAUAGAGAUUUGGGAAAGUACAUUGAAUUCACUUUAUCCAUUGAAAGGUGAUCUUGACUGUAAAAUCCAAGGUAUACUACAAAAGAGCUUCGACUCCUUGCCACGAGCCAGUAACAAAGAGUUGUUUUUGCAUAUUGCUUUUUUCUUUAUUGGUGAAUAUGAGGAUUAUGUGGUAAAGAUAUUGGAGCAUGACUGGCAUGCAAAAUCUGGGAUCAUGACUCUAAUUAACAAAUGCCUUCUUACCGUAUCACCAAGUAACAAACUGAUAAUGCAUCAACUGCUUCAAGAGAUGGCAAGAAGCAUAGUCCUUCAAGAGUCCAAAGAUCCUACAAAACGUAGUAGAGUCUCGCAAAAUUAUGAAUCUUAUCGUUUGUUGGGAAAAGGAAAGGGUUCAGAUUCAAUUGAAGGUCUAGCACUUGACAUGCGAAAGCUCGAGGAAGAGAUGAGAUCAGAUCCAUUAACCCUUAAAACUGGUUCACUUGCAAAGAUGGACAAACUAAAAUUGCUCCAGCUCAAAUUUGUAGUACUCUCAGGGUCUUAUAAGAUCAAUUUUCCAGAACUAAGAUGGUUGUGCUGGCAUGGAUGUCCUUUAGAAACAAUACCCUCCGGCUUAUUGAUGAGCAGCUUGGUGGCUAUAGAUAUGAGUUAUGGAAAUUUGAAAAGGUUUGAACCUCCCAAGGUUCUUAAUUCACUGAAGAUUCUAAAUCUUAAAGAGUGUUAUGAACUAGUCAGUAUCCACAAUCUUUCCCGACUUCCAAAUCUUGAGAGUUUGAUUCUCUGGAACUGUAGCAAUCUUACUCAUGUUUGUGAAUCCAUCGGAGGCCUUAAGAGUCUUGCUCUAUUGGACUUUACAGGGUGCAAGUAUCUUAUGAAGACUUUAAAGAGCUACUUAAAUCAUGCACAACAGUUUCCAGGUGUAUGCACUGAUGCAGGAAUUCAACAAUCUCCGUUUUUAUUACCAGACUCGCUAAAAUUGUUGUUUCUCAAUAACUGCAACCUUGUAAAAAACAAUGAUGUUCCAGUGGUUUCUAGUGACCAAUCAUUAUUUUACAUGAAUUUAGGAAAUAAUCUAUUGGAGGUCCUGCCCAAUAGCCUUAAUCUUAAAACUCUUCGGGUAUUGGAAUUGACUUUUUGUCCAAUUCUCAAGUCCCUCCUAUGUCUCCCAAGUACUCUAGAGGAGUUGUAUACAAAUUGGUGUUUUUCACUGGAGAAAAUAACAUUUGAAUCAACCCGGUUCAGAUUACGGGAAUUUGUAUAUCGAGGUUGUAACAAAAUCUCUGAAAUUCAAGGCCUUUUCAAAUUGGUGCCAAUGGCAAAACAUGAUGAAGCCGAUUUGGGUCAUAUGAAAUGGAUCAAAGCAUAUCAAGAUUACUGGGUGGACCUAGUGGGUGAUGAGAUUACUAAAGGGAGAGACCUGCGUAUGCGUAUCCAGGUGUUGUAUGAAUAUGGUAUAAUGAGCACAUAUCUGCCAGGCAUAACGGAUGAAAGCAUGCCAAUUCCUGAUUAUAUGUCAUCGAUUCCGUUCUUAUCCUUUCGUGUGCCUUCUACUGAAAAACAUAGGAUCCGAGGAUUAAAUGUAACCUGCUUAUACAGACUAUCAGGUGAGGAUGAAGAUAUGUGGGUUUUGUUCAUCAAAAUAAGUAAUAUAACCAAGGGUCUUAAUUGGAUGUACAACCCUAUGGUCUAUUGCCAACCGAGAUUUAAUGAAGAUGCUGUUUGGUUAAGCUAUUGGCCAAUUGGAAACAUAUUAGACUCAAGUGAUGAAAUCAAUGUGUCCAUUGUGGGGAAUGGAUUGAUGGUAAGCGAGUGUAGUGCCAGCUUUGUUUACAUAGAUGAUCGUGAAGAAGAGUUAGAAUACUACAAAAGUUACAAGAAAGAGGAAGAAGUUAUUGGAGGAGAUCUAUCUGAAUUUGAGCUCACUACAGGAGCCUACUAUCUUUGUCGUCGCGAUUACUUGAAGAUAACCACCCCUGAUUGGUUAAAGGUGCUACUUGGUGAUACCAUUCCCUCUACAGGUACGAUCCUCUUUCUGCUGAUGGUUUUAGUCUACAAAUAA